AUGCAAACUCCGAUGCUUUUGAGCCGCAUCUCGAGGAUACAGACGAGCCUGGCGCAUUUGGCAGCUUGGUUUGACACGUGCGACGUGCGACCGAACGUGGAGGGAGCACGGGACACCGCCCAACUGGGUAACCGGCCUGGCCCUGCUGGCCGUAUGGGGAAGCGGAAUGGCGCAACGUGUGUGCCGGUCAGCCGGGCAGAUGAGAAGGAGGUUGCAUUUAGCGACCGCGUCUAA